AUGGAUCGGAGGACUACAUCGGCGCCCUCACCAGCUUCCCCGAUGAAACACGCCAGGGAAAACGACCUAGCAUUGAUGCCAUUCGGCCCAUACCGCACGUUUGUCGCCGCGCUCGAGCGACCCAACUUCGGUCAGGCGGAUGGCGCGGUUCUGUUCCUAUCAGCUGAUUUCAGCACGAAGCCGGAAGGGGAGGACUACAUCGAGAUGGAUCUGUGGCGGUGUGGGGGUUUGGACGAUGUGGCGAGGCGCUUGCAGAUAAUAUAG